AAUGUCGUGUUAGCAGCUUCAAGAUAUGCCAUCUUGGCCUUGCAGACGCGGCUGCCCGGAGGUGUCCUGCGCCCAGCCCUGGUCAACCCCACCGUGUUCUUCAACAUCGCUGUGCAGGGCAAGCCCUUGGGGCGCAUCUCCUUUGAGCUGUUUGCAGACAAAGUCCCAAAGACGGCAGAAAACUUUCGUGCUCUGAGCACUGGGGAGAAAGGAUUUGGUUAUAAAGGCUCCUGCUUUCACAGAAUUAUUCCGGGAUUCAUGUGCCAGGGUGGCGACUUCACGCGCCACAAUGGCACAGGCGGCAAGUCCAUCUACGGGGAGAAAUUUAAUGAUGAGAAUUUCAUCCUGAAGCACACAGGUCCUGGCAUCUUGUCCAUGGCAAAUGCUGGACCCAACACAAACGGUUCCCAGUUUUUCAUCUGCACGGCCAAGACCGAGUGGCUGGACGGCAAACACGUGGUCUUCGGCCAGGUGAAGGACGGCAUGGACGUCGUGACUGCCAUGGAGCGCUUCGGGUCCAGGAGCGGCAGGACCAGCCGGAAGAUCACCAUCACUGCCUGUGGACAACUCCCAUAAACGUGACUUUUGCUGUAUUGUAACCACCUGACCAUUCCUUCUGUAGCUCAGGAGAGCACCCUUUCACCCCCAUCUGCUUGGAAUGUGCUAUCAUCUUCGCGCUCUUGCCCAGUUCAUCAUUUCCAUGUUUUCCUUACCCCUUCCAAGUUUAGCAGGAUUGUGGAGUUAAGUUU